AUGUGGAACUGGGGUGUAGGGUUAUGCCAACCGGCAGACCACAAGGAACACAAUCCCGAGUAUGCCAAUGGUUCAGGAGCUUUGGGCUCGGAGAUGCCGGAGUUCUGUCUUCCGUCAAUCAAGGCCGACGAUGAUCAGCCUUCUAUUUGGAAGUGGACGAGACCCAUGAAAUGUAGAGCUCGUGGAGGAUGCGGCUCAUAUCAUACCGUCAUUACCAAGUUAUCUUUCGGGGCUACCACCGGAGAUACCUCAGAAGUCUCCUUGUAUCAAAAUUAUGAGGGGGUCAUUCCAAAUGUCAAAUCUGCAAUGUUAGGUUCUAUCCGAACCAGCUGGGAACAAGGAACUGCAGCAGGAGGUAUCCUCGAAUACGACAACCCCGAAUACUCCGUUUUCGGCCGAUCACCAUUUACCUUCAAUGGUACAGAGCCAAUUUCAGCUCUCCAGCUUGCAUACAGUGCAGCAGUCCGCCAAACUGCCGACGGACGACUUAGUCAAAAUAUCAAUGAUGCAUUGGACGGUGCAGCCCUUGACGGUGCAUCCGCAGGGUCUGUAGUACUCAUGGGUAGCUUCACGGACGAAUCUCGCAAGGCGUACUGGCUUCAUGCUUCUGAAGCAGAACUCAACUAUGUUCUGAACGUCGCACCACGCACUUCCACCGGCGCAAUUUCUCAUAGAGCAAAUUCGCGUCAAUACUGGGCUGAUGGUGUAUACAUGGGCUUUCCUUUCAUCGCUUACUACGGAGCAGUCACACAAAACCAAACUUUACUUCAAAUCGCGUAUGAUCAGUGCCGCCUCUAUCGUGAUGCACUCCUGCUCGAUGGACCCACUGGAAAACUAUGGGGACACAUCUACUCUGACGACACCAAAAGCUGGAUCGACAAAGGACUUUGGGGAACUGGCAAUGCAUGGGCUGCACUCGGUAUGUUGCGCGUUGCAGUCACAAUACAAAAGGCCGGCUGCUGUGGCGGUAUGACGAGCCAGGUAUCUGACUUAAUGGCCUGGGUCAAGGAAAUUCUCGAUGGCGAGUUCGCAGCACUGACCUCGGAUAACCUCAUUCCAGACUAUGUCAUCGGUGGAUCUACUUUCGACGACGCCUCUGCAUCAGCUGCUCUGGCCUCCGUUGCCUAUCGCUCUGUUACGCUUUUCCCUCACCAAUUUGGCUCGAACUACACCACUGUCGCAAACAAGCUCCGGGAUGCUGUGCUAAGCAGAGUCACGAAUCUUGGAACGUUGAGCCCUGUCGUCGACCCUCUCAAUUGGGAUGCACAAGGACUGCUGUCCACUGAAGCACAGUCUUUCGCCUUGAUGAUGUUCUCUGCAUGGAGGGAUGGUCUUAGUCCCUAG